UAUUCAACAAUAUGUACUUUGCAUUAUGAUUGUUUUAUAAUAAAGAACUUAGCGACUUCUAGGCAUCAUCACGUGACUCACCAUGGCAACACUGUCAUCAGUUCCUCGCGAGGAAAGGGAGAAAGGUGUUGAGUAUUCAGAGCCGGGCGGACAGAUGCGCAUUAUACUUUUAAUAUCCUCCGGAUUCAAGAAAGCUCUCACAUUAACGUACGGUUGCCUGAUACAUAUCGAAUAUCUCUGAGCACCGACAAAAUGAAUCAUCUGAAUCCAAGUCUUCUUUCAGCUUACAACAGCUUAACAGACAAACAUCUGAGUGCAUACUUCAACAAUGCCAGAAUACGUAGACAUCUUCAGAAAGUUGGGCUGAUCAGUCGGAGCGGACGAAUUGUUCCCGAUAAAGAGUACAAGCACAAGCUGAUCCGGCGAGCGCAUCAGAGACAUGUGAGAGAGUGUCUGGCUCAAGCCAUCUUUCACAAGGUGCUAGACAUGGAGCGUCUUCACCAAAAUGAGAUCAAGAGAAGACUUGAGGAAUUUGCACGGAGGGAACGAAUCCACAAACUAAAGGCAGACCGCUCCAAGAGAUAUGAGGAUGAACCAGUGCUAAUGCUGUCACCUCGACCACCGACAGGGCCAAAGACCUCACACCCACGGCAUUCUGGGCCGGAGGGAGAGCAUUCAGAGUCAACAGAAUCUCCGAAUUCCUCCAGGCCCAACACGGCUCCAGGGAAGAUGCAGAGGCCAGUUCGACUCAAGCCCCUAAACAGUGCCACGGCCUCCGUGAAGAGAAGCUCUCCGAGACACAGACCCAGAGAACAGGACUCCUCCAACGACACCGAUCAGCCCGUCAGUUAUACGCUGGACAGAGAUGCCGUGAGACAUUUGACCGCGAUGGACUUCACAAGCACUGUCUCGCCCUACCGUCUUCCUGUCAUUAACAACUAUGUGACCCCUGUGCCCCCCCUCACCAAGAAGAAUGAAAGAGGACCAAGAGCAAACGGCACAGUAAGGGGUCGAAAGUUAAGACCCACAACCGCACCAACAGCUGUUACAGAGCCAUCUUCUCUUCAGAGGACAUCAGCCCAGAGUAAAGUGUUAGUGAGCAUGAUGUAUUUUGGGAAGGGUGUCCACCUGUCCCAUGAUCUGAUGGACCUCAGAGAUGAAGUGAAGGUCUUCCAGCAGCACUGUGGAGGAGAAAACCUCUGCGUCUACAAAGGGAAUCUAACAGAGGGAGAAGUGUUCCAGUUUGUGUCUAGACGACACCAAGGGUUUCCAUUUAGUCUUACGUUUUUCCUCAAUGGCCUGCAAGUGGAUCGGCUCAGCUCUUGCUGCGAGUUCAAACACAGGAAAGGCUCUCGACUCGGAGGCAGACAUGGACACUUUGGAUUUUGUGGUGUGGAAGGAGCAUCACCGUGCUACAAGUGUAUUAUUGCCAUGGGCUUGGACAAAAAACCAACCCCUCCUCAAAAAAGAGUGAAAGAGGAGCAGCCCACCUCCAAAUCUCCCGAUGCUAAAGAGACCACAGAUGAGGACACAGAGACUCAGUCUAACGCAGAGCCUGAGACGCAUCAGGAAAUGGAAAUGGAGAUAAAUGGAGAAACAGAAGGAAAGAAAAAGACCAAAGAGUAUGAGGAAGACUUUGAGGCUGAUGAUGAAGGGCCUGUUGAAGAUGGUGAUGAGGUGGAAGAAAAGCCAAUUUCUGCUGCAAGUGAGGGAGAACAAGAAACUGAAACCAGGGAUGAAAAUGACGGAGAUGAAGAGAAAAGCAUCUCGGACAGUGAUGACGACAACAGUAUGUUGAAAGACAAAAGAUCAUCAUCUGUCUCAUCUGGUCGAACAUCCAGCUUGUCCAGCAGUGACAAUGACAACAGUGAAAGAGAAAUGCUGGAGGACACCAAAGAAGCCGUCGAUGCUGAUGUUCCAGAUGAUGUCACGCAGGCAGAGGAAGACCUCACCACUGCUGAAACCAAACCAGAGGAAACAGAGGCCACAGAGUCCAGCGAUGUUACACUGCCUCAAGCUGAAGCAGAGGACUCUGGGACACAGGAUAGUCCUGAAGCUGGCGUGGAGAAGAGCGACCUGGAAAUGUCAGAAGACACUGACAAGCAAGAGGCAACUGAAGGUGAGCAAUUUGGGGAGGAUGCCAAAGCUGAAGAUAAGCCACAAGAAAAUGAGCCGGACAGAGCCAAGUCUAUGCAGGAGAAGUUGGCUGAGGCCAUUUUGAAGGAAUCUCAAUGUAGUUCAGAACCAGAGUUUAGUGAUACAAGCACAGAGGAAGACGAAGGAGCUUCAGUGAAGACCCAACAGGAUGGCCAAGGAGUCGAAUCUGAGAGUGCUGUUGGUUUCACUUCACCACAACCAUCAACCACUCAAGAUGAAAUUGCAGUGGAAAGUGAAGAAGCAAAGCAGUCUGCAGAAGAUAAAAAUGAACAGGAGCCUGAGGUCCACACAGAAGAAGAAAGACAAGAAAUAGAUGAGACUACCGAUGCAGCAGCGAGUGUAGACAUGGAAGAACCGCAAACAGAAGAACAAAGUGACAUGACAAAUGAAGCUGAACAGCCAGAUAACAGUCUGGAAGUUGAGGAAAAUGAAACUCAAGACAUACAGGAAGAAGACACAAUUGCAGAGGCUAAUACAGAGACUAAUGAAGAAGAGAAAGACUUGGUAGUACAACAAGAGACAUGUGUUGAAAUGCAGGACACUGAAAAUGUAGAUGCUGAGGUACCAGAGGUGGAAGAAGAGGGUCUGGAAACUUAUACAGAGGAUGAUACAGAAACAGGUGCAGGUGAUACAGAGAGGGAGCAAGACGCUGAUGACGCAGAUCAGAACACGGAGGGGAAGAGCGUUGAACAGCCAGACAAAGAUGAAAGAGUAGACCUAGCAGAUGAGGCUGGGGGUGAUGGGUCAACAGGAGAAAUACUACAGGAGACAGAUAACAAGGGGGAUGACGUUGAUAAGAAGGAAGACUGUGAAAAAUCUAGUAAAGAUAAUGAUGAGACCAAAGAGAAAACAGAGAAAGAAGUUGAAAAUCUAGAGGUUGAGGAUAAAAGUGACACUCCGGGAAUAGAGGAGGCAGAGAAACCAGGGGAUGAAGAGAUUGAAACUGCUGAGAAAGACAAUGGGAUUGAGGGUGACAAUGAGUCAAAGGAAAAUGAGGUUAGUGCCGAUAAAGGUGAGGAGGGUGUGAGUAAUGAACAAAAAGAAAGUGAACUUGGUGAUGGGGCUAAUGAAGAGAGUCAAGAGGAACCAAACAGUGAAGUUGAGGUGGGAGAGAAAACCAAGACAGAUGAAAACAUGGAAGAAGAGUCUCAGGAAGUAGAAAAAGUAGAAGAGGUGGAGAAUGAGAUGAUGGAUGAGAUGGAAGAGGAAGGAGAUGGGAAUUGUAUAGAGAAUGAGGAAGAAGACAGGGAGCAAGAGAAUGAGGUAGAAACAGGAGAAAAAUUGGUAAAAGAGCCAGAGGAAGAGAUGACGGAUAUAAAACAGAUUAGUGAGGAUGCAUUAGAGAAAGGGAAAGAGGAAGAAGACAGAGAGCAGGAGAAUGAGGUCGAAACAGGACAAAUGUUGGUAGAAGAGCAAGAGGAAGAGGUAGCAGAUAGGAAAGUGAAUUGUGAAGAUACAUUAGAGGAAGGGAAUGAGGAAGAAGACACAGAACAGGUGAAUGAGCUAGAAACAGGAGAAAAUUUGGUAGAAGAGCCAGAGAAAGAUGUGGUAGAUGUGAAAGAGAUUAGCGAGGAUACGUUAGAGGAAGGGAAUGAGGUAGAAGACAGAGAGAAAGAGAAUGAGAUAGAAAAAGAAGAAACAUUAGUAGAAAAGCCAGAGGAAGAGGUUGCAGAUAUAAAAGAGAUUAGUGAGGAUACAUUAAACGAAGGGGAACGGGAAAAAGAUGCUGUUUCUAGUGAGAAUAUAGUUCAAACACCAGAAGACAACCUUAAUGAUCAAAAUGAAGAAUUGGCAUCACAGGAAGAGCAAAAUGAAAUGGAUGCCAGCGGGGCACCUGAGGAUGACGUUGAGGCCAGAACCAAGGAAGAAGUGGGAGAACCUGCUGAGGUGAAUAAUGAUCUGCCUGAUAGUAACAUAGAUGGCGAAAAUGGAGAGAGAGAAGUUGUCAGUCCUGAGGAGGCUGAAAAGGCAGAAGAAGUGGAAACCCAGGACAAAUCAGAGGGUGAGACAACCGGUGAUAACGCUCAAGAUGCUAUAGAUAAAAAUGAAAAGGUUGUUGAAGAAAUACAAGAAAUAGAUGAUACUCAGGAUGCAGCAGCGAGUGUAGACAUGGAAGAAAAGCACCCAGAAGAACAAAGUGAAGCUGAGCAACCAGACAUCAGUGAGGAAGUUGAGAAAAUUGAGGCUGAAGACAUACAGGAUGAAGCUAUAAACACUGAAGCAGCAGAAGCUAAAACAGAGACAAAUGAAGAAGAGAAAGACUCAUUAGAAGAAGAAGAAACACAGGACAUUGAAAAUGCAGAUGCUGAGGUGGAAGAGGAGGGUCUGGAAUCUCAAACAGAGAAUGAUACAGAAACAGGUGCAGGUGACACAGAGAAGGAGCAAGAUGCUGAUUAUACAGAUCAGAACAUAGAGGGGAAGGACGAUGAACAGCCAGACGGGGAUGAAAGAGAAGACCAAGCAGAGGGUGAGACAACUGGUGAUAAUGCUCAAGAAGUUAUAGAUGAUAAUGAAGAGGGUUUUAAAGAUGAUGAAGAAGGAACAGAUCAAGACAAAGAGCAAGAGAUAGAAAAUAAGGUGGAUGCAGAAAAUGAGUCUCGGUUGGAUGGUGGGAAUGUGGACCAAGACAGUGAUAACGAAAAGGCAGACAAAGAGGAUGACAAAGAAGAUGCAGAUAAAGAAUCUGAAACUUCUGCAACAACAUUUAUAGAAAAUGUAGCUGCACAGGUAACACAGGAAAUCGUUAAUAAGGAUACAGAAAGUUUGAUUGUCUCAGCUGAAGAUAAAGUCGAAGCAGAGCAACCAGACAAGUCUGAAAAUGAACUGGGCAGUAGAGAUGCUCCUGAAGGGAUGGACGGCGGCUCAUCUGUUUCCAAUUCAGGGAAAUCACAGAAUGGAGAGAAAAUAACCAAAGGGAGUGUUGAUUGCGAAGAUCUGGAUGCUCCUCCAACACCUUUGUCUAAAACAGCUGGAGUGGAUUUAGUAAGUAACUGGAUUAACGUACACCAGGAAUCUAGGUAUUUUCAGACUUUCAUAGAACCCCUUGAUGAAGAGACUCUCAGCUCAGGAGAAACUGAAGAGCGGCUAAAUGGUGAAGUAUUAGAUGCUCCAGAUGCACCAGCAAGUACCAAUAUCGAAGGCCUUGAUGAAACACUCAAGAUUGUAGAUGAAAUGGCAACUCCUGUAAAUGAGAACACAGAGUCUGUAGUUGAAAGCUUUGAAACAGAGACUAAAGUUGAGGCCAUAGAAGCAGAUGCUCUCAGUAAUCACUCUAAAGACAGCACACAUACUUCAGCCAAAGAUGAAAAAGUCCUAGAGACCAGAGGCUCAUUGUUGACUUUCUGGUCAAGACAGAGUAAGGAUGAUGACAUUUACCAAGAAGACACUGCAGGUCAAGAAACUUCAACAUUAGUUGAGGUCAUGAAUCUGGGGACAUCAUCUGAAGAAAUUCAAGACAAACCCUCAUCUGAAUCUGAACAGGAUGUACCCGCAGUUGACAUCCCGAAUGUAGAAGAGUCUCAACAAAUGACUGCUGAAACCACAGCCCAAAUAGAGGAAGCAAGUAAUGGAGAGACUUUGGAAGAUUCAGAAGACAAUUUGAAACCUGAGCAUGUACCUCAGUCAGAGUAUAUCGAGCCACAGAGUCCAACAAUCACAGAGAUUACAGACCUAACAAUCAUUAAUAAAUCAGAAAACGGGAGCCAAGACGACACCACAAGUGUUGACUUCAAUUCCAGACCAUCAAAUGGAAGCAGGAAUGUGGACGGAAAUAGGGGAACAAAAGUAAUUGGCAGUCAUUUCCAACAGACUCUCAGCAGAGACUCUUUAAGCACUUUUUCAUUGGAUGACACAAGGAUUUUUGGGCCUGCAGGGUAUCCAACAUUACAGACUGCUCACGCUGAAAACAGCUACUAGCAUAACAGUAAAUCCUUUCACCUAACAUAGGACUGUCUGAUCCUGGCCCCGGAUAGAGAUUGUACUGCAAAAUUUAAGUCCAACCCCAAUUAAACUCACCUGAACAUGUUUAAAGUUUUCAAGAUCCUAGAGACUUUCAGACCGUAAGUGUGGACACCCAAACCCAUAUUGUUGGAUGCAAAACAAAGACAUUUCCUUUUCUUUUUCAAGACCCAUUAUGAGUCCUGUGUGCUUGGUAGGUGAAGCUAUCCAUGGCCCACUGAAAAUGGACACCGCAGGACACACACAGCACAAAUAAUUAAAUUAUUCAUGAUGCAGAGCCCUCCAGUUAGUCAGGCUGCACCACCAGUGUAUGGACACAUUUCAGACACUCAUACCUUAACUAACAGACUUCAACAGAAACCUCAAUGACUGCAAAGUGUAAUGUGAAUGACAUGACCACUACUGAUUUUUGGUAUUAGUUUAAACAGUAGUUUACUUGCAUAUGAUACUAUUAUUCAUAUAACAUCUCUUUUAUAGAUUAUUGGUCAGUGUUGUGCAGAUAAAGGCCAUUGCUAGGGUACUAUUAUUUAGUUCCUUUUGGAAAUUGCAUUGAGUCUCUGAUAAUUAUCACUACCUUGUACCCCAUCAGUGAUGGCCUUGAUGCACAUCAUGAGUCAGAAUCAAAACUUGAGAUGUUUCAACUGCAGAAACAAGGCCAAAUUUCCCUAAUAGUGCCUGUGUUGUUAAGUGACAUCAGUCAUACUCUGUUUAAACAACCUAUCACAUGUCUUAGUGACUGUUUGCUUUUGAAAUUAGAAUAAAAUACUGAAAUACA